AUGUGGAAUCCCAGCUCUUCCCUGGCAGACGACACUCCCUCGGCCCACAGCCUAUCACCUUCUCCAACCAACGAGUCCAGCUACCAAGACAUAUACGACGAUCCCCGACCCACCGUUCCUCGUCAACCAACUAUGCUCAGUCACCGUCCGAGACUCCGGUCCCGACCCUCCCCGACAUGUCUGCCCGCGCUAACAUCGGCUCGCGUUUCGCCCACAGCCAUCACCUUCUCCAACCAACGAGUCCAGCUACCAAGACAUAAUCCCCGACCCCCGUUCCUCGUCAAACCAACUAUGCUCAGUCACCGUCCGAGACUCCGGUCCCGACCCUCCCCGACAUGUCUGCCCGCGCUAACAUCGGCUCGCGACACUCUGCGUAUCCUUCGCAUUGAAGAUCCAGAGCCUCCUCAGCCCACAAAUUACGUCAAUUACUCUGGUGAUGGGACCAAUAGCCCUACUGUACGCACAUCGCGUACUUAUGCCUCGGCUGCCGCUUCUACCGACGCAAACGAAGCCGGGCUGACCACUUCCAGAUUCUCUCAAAAGAGUCGACGAUCGGCCAAAGUUUGUCCUCGAUUCUUUGGUCCGAACGAGAGUAGUGCUAUCGUUGACGUCGAGUGGUCUCAUCAAAGUAUGUUUAGUCCAUCCUCCAAUAUUAUCAUCACCGCUUUUGGAGCCGGCGAGCUAGUUAGCUGGGAUCUGAACAGGCUUCAGGAGCCAAAUUCGGUAGGGCCCAGUGUACCAAUGUACCGAAUGACACUUAUGGAAGCAGAUAGGACCGCCCCGGGUGCGCAUAUUCGAUCCAUCAACUGCAUACGUAUAAGUCCGAGUAUUGGUCUUGCCGUCGUUUCUCACUUUGCUCAGGACCUACGGAGCUUCAAACCGGUCGUGCAAAUCGCCCAUCACGGAAUGGCAGUUCGGGCGUUGGCGUUUAGCCCUGGUACGGAAAGCGCCCAGGCACUGGUCGGACUAGAGACGGGACAGCUUUUGCGCUAUGACUUUCGUUCGCCCAAGACUGCCUUGGAUCGGCUUCCCGUUGCACAUAGCUCUGCUAUCCUGAGUAUUGAUUGGCAGUCCAUUGGGAGUGGCGGUACUGCUGGAUGGGCCGCAACUGGAGGAUGGACAAGACUGUCAAGGUAA